AUGCUUGGCAACAAGCAUGUAUCUGUACUAGUUUCUGAGGCUGAGGAACUCAAAAACUACGCAAAUAAUCUGAAUGAACAAUCCAACUUUUACAUAAUAUGUAACAUUAUUCAGACCUGCGUAAACAACUUUCCAUCCUGCAUCUCGGAUGCCCUCUCCUUUGUUCCCUCAUUGAUAAAAUUUGCCUUUUCUUAUCAAAUUGUAUCAAUGUUCGAAGACUUGCUAGACCCUAUCAAUGACCUCACCUUCGUCUACAACUUCUUUAACGAGGCCAACUUGUUUGAUUCUAUUGUUAAUUUGUAUAAUAAGUCGGAUCUAGAUUGCAAACAAGGCCUCCUUAGAAUUAUUAAGUGCAUGCUCAUCAACCAGAUUACGAACCAAAAGAUCAGCCAACUUCAAUUACACGAAAUAAUUGAAGAUGCGAUUAACUCGGAAUCAACAACAAACAAAAAUCUUGGCUGGUCGAUUGCAUUUAUUGAUAUCAGGUACUUUGGGUCUAGUGUCAUUGACCAAGCGAAACUUUUUGAAGAUUCCGCUUCAGCAAUUUGCCAAAACGAAACGACUGGCUUCCUUGAAUACCAAGUCAAUGCAUUGCAAUGCAUGAAUACAAUCAUGGUUUCGGUCCUUGACUCAAUCGCUGACUUCGAUUUCAAAAAUGUUAUCAGGAAACUUUUGGAUGUAUAUAUGAAGUGUCCGGGCCAUUCGAUUGCAUACCAAGCUAUAUUUGAUUUCGUCAUUAACUUAUCCAAUAAUUCUAAGUACCGUAGUCUUAUUUUUAAUUCUUUUGUUCCUGAUGUCAUGGAGACAGCCAAAACGUCGAAGAAUACUACCCAAAUAUCGUUUGCAAAUGAUUUCUUUAUGAAACUCAGCUUGCAAGUCUUUAAUGAUGAAACUUAUCGAAAUGACAUACCUUCGGACAUUUACCAAUACCUUUCAAGCUUCAAAGUUGAUACAAAUUCCUUCUCUGCUUUCUUUCAUCCGUCAAUUGCAGAUUUUCCUGAUGAUAUCAUGGAAGAAGUUCUGUUUGCAGGCCUAUAA